GAAAAAAUUUUUAACCAACAGUUGAUUAGAUUUAAUAACAAAUAAACGCUAAAACUAAAGCAAUAAUUAAGUGGAAUUAAAUAUAAAAGUACAUACAUAUAUUAAUGCAAUACUAAAUGGCCAAGUGAACACAAUUAACAAAAUAAUUAAAUAAAAAGUUUUAAUAUUGAAGCAAAUACCAAAAAGUGAAUGGUCUGCAAGAAAAGCAAUAACACCAUUAUAGGAAGUUUUUUUCCACAAAAGUGUUUUAUUUAAAAAAAAGUUAAAAUAAUAAUAUGCUUUAAAAUUGUGAUAUUAAAUUUCGGAGCUUUAAUCUAUAAAAAGAACCUGUAUAAAAAGCAACAUAAGUUUAAGUUAAUUACGGUUUGUUUGCACUUCAUAAUGUGCAUCCAUAUCUUAUCUAAAUACUAUACAAAAGCAAAUUUAUUAGUUUAAAUGGAAUUAAAAUGACCCUUGUACUCAUGAUAUGUUGCUGAAUGAGCUUCUCAACAGAAGCAGUUAUUAAUAUUUUUCGUGAUAAAAUUUUGCAUUGUUAAAGAGACAACAACAUCAAUAUUUCUUUACUUUGUUCGAUCUUAAUUCCACACAAUUGCAACUAAAUCAUGACUGUACAAAGUAAAAUGACAAAUGCGGCGGUACUAUGUACCUGUCAACAGUUUCAGCAUCCCUGGACUGAUAAAUGUGUUAAUGCCUCUGUUGGUUUACUAUUUGCCUCCACGCCCUACUGUUUAAGGGUCUAUUCCAUGGUAUAUUUGCUUUCCAUGAUAAUGCGUCAUAAAAUACCCACUCUGAAGGAUUUGCGCAAAAUGGUUAUGGGCAUUUUACAAUCCACAGCCUUUUUAGUAACAAAUGCUUAUACUUUUAUAAUGUUUAAUUGUCUGCUGCGCAAUAUGUUGGGUCGUUACUAUUUCUCUACAGUGGCCUUUUGGCCCUGUUUCUUGGGCAGCUUUAGUGCUAUUUUGGUAGAGCGACCUCAAAGACGUCCUCUCUUGGCCCUGUAUGUGGCCAAUGUGGCUACCGAGACACUGUGGAAUAUGGCUGAGUCGCGUGGCUGGGUCAAGUCCAUACCCAAUGGACAAGUUCUGCUAUUCGGUGCCAGUAUAUCGAUUUUAUUGUAUUUAUAUAGAUUAGGUUUACACAAGACCUCCUGUCGUGAUUCUUUAUUUGAUAUUUUACGUAUAUUUGUGGGCAAACCAGAAGAAGGUCCAAUGAAGGCCACUGAAGUAGGUGAUAGAACAGAUGUGCCACAAUCAAACAGAUCCAGACCGCCAGUUAAUUUGAACACCAUUAAUGGUUGGGUACAAGUUUAUAGUCGACUUGUAGAGAAACUAAAAGGUAAACAUGCCUGCUGCCCUCAUCGUUCGAGUUGUGUUCAUAAUGCUGUGAUGGGUGGUUUAAAACCUAUGGUGGGUGGUAUAGGUUUACAGGUGGCUUUGAAGAUUUUGUUGAAUGUUAAGAGAAUCGCUCAGAAUAAAAUGCACUGGAAGAAAACGAUAUUUAAUAAGCAGACUUUAAAUUUGGGUCUAUUUUUGGGCUCAUUUUCGUUUUUGUAUAAGUCCGUUUCCUGUGGCCUUCGUCAUAUCUUUAAUCGUGAUGAUCCUCGUUUUGCCAUACCGGCUGGUAUGAUAGGCAGCAUUAGCUUUGCCUAUUAUCCCGAUGUUACAGUAGCUUUAUAUGUCAUGUGGAAAAUGCUGCAGGUUGUUUACAAUUUGGGCAUCGAUAAGAAAAAACUUCCCCACAUACCAGGUUUUACUAUGUUCUUAUAUGCCUUCUGUACGGCUGUGUUAUUCCAUGCGGGCAUUUUGGAAGCUCGUAAUUUAAGACAAAGUUAUUUCAAAUUUCUGCAAGAUAUAUCAGGUGGAAGAUUAAGUAAAUUUAAUAUGGUGCCUUUGGAUGUUUAUGGCUUAAACUCCAGCCAACAUAAAGCUGAUGUUUUAAAACGUUUAAAUAUAGUUGAUAUAAAUCCCUAUCCCGCUUUUCCUUUGGAUAAAUGGUAAUUAUUAAUUAAGCAACAUUAAUUUUUAUAAUUUAUUGUAAAUAUUAAAAAAAAUUGGCGCGGGUGUUUUUGUUAAAAUUCGUAGUAAUUUCUAAAAAAAAUCAAAAUUUU